GCCGACAUUUCCCAUCCCCUCUCUAUGCAUGCUUUUCUACUUCAUCUUCCAACUUAGGUUGGGCAAAUUUGCAAUUGAAAUGUCAAUUUCCUUACCAACAAUUAGAAAAUUCAGAAUUCAAUGCGGAUUAGAUACCACUAUCCAAAAAAGCGAAUAUUUAUCGCCCAAAAAUUAAAUUCGAGACAGCUACUUUUCUUUCUUGUCGAGCUAUUUUCAGUUCGUUCGUUGUUGGCUUGCAGUGGUAUGAUCACUAACCAUCUUCCGAAUAUGUAACCCUAUUCCAAUGUAACCCUAUUCGUUGCGAAUAUCCCCAGGGCAGUCCCAGUCCACGAUAUUGAAGAGCUAAGUAGAAUUUCGGGGUCUCGGGGCUAGUCUGGAGCCAUAUUUGUUGCGUGUGUGUAGGAAUGUUUGUUACAACUUUGUCAGCGCGGGAAAGGCUUGAUACUUAGAGAUUUUCCUUAAAGUAGUAUAGAUCUUCUAGUUUUCAGUUGAAAGUUUGUCUGUUGUCCCGCCAGUGGUGACGAACAAGCCACCAUCAGGGCCGUGGGGUGAUGAUGCGUUGUUCGACAGCUUGUGUCGUGUCUGUCCCGCCUAUUCAUGCCGACAUUUCCCAUCCCCUUCGUAUGCAUGCUUUUCUACUUCAUCUUCCUCAUAGAGUACCAGCGUGCUGUAGUACUGCUGCAGCACGUACCAGUAGCACACCAAGUGAGAAGACGAGUCUACAACUUAGGUUGGGCAAAUUUGCAAUUGAAAUGUCAACUUCGUUACCAACAAUUAGAAAAUUCAGAAUUCAAUGCGGACUAGAUACCACUAUCCAAAAAAAUGAAUUUUUAUCGCCCAAAAAUUAAAU